AUGUGUCAAGGACUACCUCUUACGGUUGUCAUUCUUGCCGGAAUUCUCUCAAGGAUGGACCGACAUGAUUGGAAAGAAGCUGUGGAAGGUUUAAGUUCAAGGAAUGUUUCUAGUACGGAACAAUGUACCGCUACAUUAGAGCUGAGUUACAAACAUUUACCUGAUACUUUGAAGGCAUGUUUUCUUUAUUUUGGAGCCUUUCCAGAAGACCAUGAACACAAUACCAAAAGGUUGAUUUCUCUAUGGGUCGCUGAAGGAUUUGUUCAAAAAACUCAGCUCAAGAGAUCAGAGGAUGUGGCAAAUGAUUACCUGAUGGAACUUAUUAGCAGAAGCUUAGUCACAGUUUCCAAACCAAGAUCCAUUGAUGGGGUCAAAGCCUGUCGCAUUCACGAUUUGUUAUAUGAGUUUUGCGUGACAAAAGCCAAAGAAGAAAACUUUUCGCGGCUGGUACGUAGGGAUGAUAAACUAUCUGAUAUCAAUGUGCCAUUCUACCUACGCCGCUUAUGCAUUGAUUCUAAGGUGGAGCAAUUUGACAACUUGAGGUUAUUUUCUCCUGCCAUACGCAGUCUAUUAUUAUUCAGUCACGAUGAAGACAGUAGAAGUAGUUUUGACCUUCGAUUCAUUUUUCACAUCAUCAAACUUGCCAAAGUGUUAGAUUUGAGCCAAAUUAAUCUAGGAAGCACUUUUCCCAGAGAACUAGAACUGCUUGUUCACUUGAGGUACUUGGCAAUUCUAGUUAAUGGUAGGCCCGUCCCCGCAUCAAUAAGUUAUCUCACAAACUUGGAAACAUUGAUUUGGCGAAAUUCUUCUGAUCACGGUUCAAUAAACUUGGGAACUUGGAUUUGGCGAAAUCCUUCUGUUCAUGGUUCAGUUUCAAUGCCAGAUACUAUAUGGAACCUGAAGAAACUAAGGCAUUUAGAACUAAUUGAUGAGGCCGAUAAGAAUUACCAUUUUAGAUUCCCUGACAACAACCUUGAUAACUCUUCACAGUUGUGUGACUUAGAUAUCUUGUCCUGUCUAAGCCUCAAUCCUCGGGAGAACAUCAACAAGCUGUUGAGAAAGUUUCCAAAUAUCCGCAAGCUGAGAAGCUCUCUUAAUCUCGAUCAGGGCUGUGAAUAUCAUGUAGCAAUGGAUUGUCUAAGUCAUUUGGAAUCACUCAGUCUGAGUUGCGUUGUUUACGGCGGUGACCCAUAUCAGUUAGAUUUCCAAUAUCCUUCGACUAUUAAAAAGUUGACCCUGUCUUAUUUUUGCUUGCCAUGGAGCAAAAUGGCAGCAAUUGGAAAUCUACCCAAUCUUGAGGUGCUCAAAUUGCUCCGCCGAUCAUUUGAGGGGGAAAUAUGGGAAAUGGAAGUAGAGAAGUUCCCUAAAGUUCGUUUCUUGAAAUUAGCUUCCCUGCACAUUGUGAAGUGGACAGCCUCCUCCGAGUAUGAGUACGAAGAGCAGGACUAUUUUCCUCGAGAUCCCCUCUUGUCUGGGAAAUAG